AUGACUGCAAACAUUACCGGUUACGCAGUCUACCAUGGACUGGCCACAUCACUGGAUACUCUCUGUGCUCAAGCUUACGGAAGUGGCAAGAAGAAGCUCGUAGGACUGCAGCUUCAACGUAUGGUCUUCUUCCUCUGGGCGAUCACAAUCCCCAUCGCUGCUAUAUGGCUGUGCGGAACAGAAAUACUCGGAGUUAUCGUACCAGAAAAGGAGACGGCCGUGCUUGCUGGACAAUAUCUCCGGGUCUUGAUCAUCGGCGCACCUGGAUAUGCCUGCUUUGAGGCUGGAAAACGAUAUGUACAAGCUCAAGGUCGAUUUGAUGCCACUCUCUACGUGCUCCUGAUCGCCGCGCCGCUUAACGUUUUGAUGCACUACGUUUUCGUCUGGCAUUUCAAAUGGGGCUUCAUAGGAUGCCCCAUCGCCGUCGUGAUCACGGAGACCCUGAUGCCUAUCUUGCUGUUCCUCUAUGUCCGAUUCGUCGGGGGCAUGGAGUGCUGGCCUGGAUUCUCCCGAAAAGCAUUCAUAAAUUGGGGCCCCAUGGUCCGAUUAGCCCUCCCUGGACUUAUAAUGGUCUUAGCCGAGUUCCUUGCCUUUGAGGUGUUGACAUUGGCAUCGGCCAGAAUCUCUGCUACGCAUCUAGCAGCGAACACAGUGCUUCAAUCUCUGAGCGUGCUGACAUACCAGCUGCCAUUUCCCCUAUCCAUAGCCGCAUCUACACGUUGCGCGAACCUCAUCGGAGCAGGGCUACCAGACGCCGCGAAGGUAACCUCACGAGUCACUUUUGGCAUUGGCAUCUUCCUUGGAAUGUUCAAUAUGAUAGCCCUUUCGGCCCUUCGAACGAAGAUCCCCUGGCUAUUCACCAACGAAGCAGAUGUUGUAGCCUUGGCUGCGGCGUGUCUUCCUAUCAAUGCAGCUUUCCAGCUCUUUGACUCGCUCGCUGCACAGUGCAACGGAUUGCUGCGAGGUUUGGGUAAACAGGAGAUUGGUGGAUAUGUCAACCUGUUCGCCUACUAUGUCAUUGCCCUUCCUCUAUCGUUCGUGUUGGGAUUCGCCUUACACUUUGACCUGAUCGGUCUCUGGGCCGGUCCAGCAUUGGGACUUGCUAUCGUGUCUGCCUUUGAGGGCAUCUACAUUUACAGAAUCUCGUACGAGAAAGCCUCGGAAGAGGCGGCGAGGAGGAACGCUGCUGGCUAG